GCUGUGGAACUGUAUGUUCAAAGACAUACAUACAUUGAUUUAGCACACCGCUCCACUAGUCGAGCCAAAAUGCGCCGAUAGGAAAUUUCUCCACUGCCCACUGCGUUCCUGCAACCGGAAGCGCCGAUCAUCAACAAUGACCGUGCGGUCAAUAGUAGUAUCCUUAAUCAGGGGCGCGAACAAAGCCUCGCGCCAGCAUCAAGGCGACAUUGGCCGCGAAGCCGUGGUGGACCUUAUCCAGCAAUCGGCGGCGAAGCAGUCGGGCAUCCGCAAAGGCUGGCAGGUGAAGGCGGCAACCUGGGUGAAGCGUGUGCAUGUGGAUCGCGGUGACGUCAAGGUUGGCCGGCUGGAGGGCGGCGAGUUCCAGGUGCUGCCCCACCUUCGGCCCCGCUACUUCGUACCCGCCGACCUCGACAAAUUCCAGCUGAAGCCUUAUGUGGAGGUGGAGAAGAAGGUGGAAGCGGCCAAGCAGUGAAUGGGGGCGUGCCAGGCAUGGUGGGAAACGUCUGAGGGUCGGGAGGCUGAAAGUAGGGGCACUGGUGUGGGGCAAGAUGUACGGCAGGCAGCUCCCAGGAUUGGAGGACACUGGCCAUUUGCACUGCUGGGUAGUGAGACUAUAGUGAGGCUAGGAUUGACACCGGCUGUGUGAGAUGUGGUUUGGCUACGCGGUCGUGGCGUGCGGGGGGCGAAGUGCCGUCUGUUUGCCGGUGGACACGUGAUAGACUAGGUCCAGGGAGGUUUGGCAAGGGCGAGCGCUUGCAGACUGCCGAAUGGACGCUUGCUGACAGUACGCUAUGCCAGAAGGCGCAUGUGCUGAAUGAUACUACGACGCAAUCAAGUACGUUAAGGAGCCCAAUGGAUGGGAAGGAGUUGUGCCAGGCAGGAGAGAUGGGCAGCGGACGUGACGGUGUGGCAGCAGCAGUGCGGCGGCAUGUCUACUGCCACGUCUGCCAGAUACUGCUGUGCGGCUGCGGCUUUCUUGCGGACAUGAGCUGUACAAACGUGAUGCUCAGUUACACGUUAGAUAACACAUGCACGAGGUCUUCAAUGAAUGUGCUUUGCCGCGGCUUGACAAGCACUUCGUGCUAUUGGAACGAACGGAAACCAAUAGUCAAUGCAUGAGGAGUUUGGUCAUUUACGCGACCGUAGCGGUGUUGAGAAUUGGUGUGCUGUGAUGUGGAGCACGUGGCGCCUGUCCCAUGGAGUUGGUUGCUUGCGUUGCAGGCGCGGCUGAGAAGGCCGAGUGUGCCAAGGGAAACGGGAGACAGCCGCGGCCACUGAUGUUUUAGAAAAGCGCAAAGGGAAGCUGGUGUGUGUGUGUGUGUGUGUGUGUGUGUGUGUGUGUGUGUGUGUGUGUAUGUGCAGCCCUGAUAGAUGCGGUGGGGCCACCGGUCGGUAGUGCGCAGACGGAGCAUGUGAUCGGGUGAACUGGGAGUGCUGCUGUGCUGCAUCGCGUUUUUUCCACCAUGGCGGCAUGGCCAAUGACAAGCAGGUGCUGGUCGACUGCUUACAGCUGCUUAUCGGCACCACGGCGUUUGGCACUUUGGCCAGAAGGGUCAAAA